AUGAAAGAUUUUUUGAUAUCAGCUCUUAAUACAUGCACAGUUCCUAUUCAACUUGUUGAGAACACAUCGUCGUCACAUUCAAAUAGUGCAAAUAAUAGUUCAACUUACUCAUCGUAUCAAAAUUCGCCAGCUGGUAAUGGUGGUCUAUCAUCACUUAUUGUGCCCUAUUCUGAAUAUCAUGUUCAUCAACAAAAACAAUCAUCAACCAUUACUACCACUCCAAUUCCGGCUUCAUCAUCGUCACCGAAACAGUCUCAGGGAAAUGGUGCAAAUAUGAUUUUUAUACAAAAACGUUUUAAUCAAGCCGGAAAUCAACGAAAUAUUAGUCUAUUUGGAAAUGCUUCCAAUUCAGGUCGUGAUUCGUUGAAUGGAUGUAGCAGUCCAGAAUUACGAAAAAAACAACGUCGUAUACGUACAACAUUUUCUAGUGCACAAUUGAGAGAAUUAGAAAAAUCAUUUCAAGGUACUCACUAUCCCGAUGUUUAUCUUCGCGAAGAAAUUGCCAUGAAAUUAACUUUAACAGAAGCACGAGUUCAGGUGUGGUUUCAAAAUCGUCGAGCCAAAUUACGUAAACAUGAACGUCAAAAACAACUUCAGGGACAAUCGAUCUUUGCUAAUGACAAAAACAGCACAAUGGGUUUAUCACAGUCCGCUCCAUUAACACCCCAGACUCCAUCAUCAGAUCAAAUGACAAUAAUCGAUUUUAAUAUACCAACUCCAACUGCAACUAUUUUGACAAAUAAAAAGAACACGCCAGCAGCGAUAACAAAUUCACAAAACCAAACAGCUAGAAUAAUAACAACAUCAGAAACUAAUUCUAGACAAUAUUCACACGCUCAUCCGUCUCCACAACGGUCUCAACCGGCUAUGCAGCCAAAUUAUAUCAAUUGGACUAAUUCGACAUCACCAUCGCCACCGUUACAAUCGAAUGGAACGAAACAACAACAGCAACAAUCUUCCCUUCCUCAUUUUUCUACAUUUACUUCCCCGAAUCCUUAUAUAAGCAUGUUUCCAUCUCAUCAUCAUAACAUUCUCACAUUUGAGCGAACAUUAUCAGCAAAUGACUUUAAAUAUUUAUGA